AGGGGAAAUACCUCAUUGGGGCAGAGUGUGAAUGAGAUCCAGGCAGAACUGAGAUUAGCUGAAGAAUGGAACAUGGAAGCACCUUUCAGUGAUGCAGAAUUCUUGAUUUAGGGUAAAUUGUAUCAUAAUACUUUCUCACAUCCCAGAGAGUGAGCCAAUGUAGCCUGUUUAUUCUGCUUGCGUUUACUUGUCUUCAGAUGUCAACUUUACCUCUCCACAUGCAAAACUGACAAAGGUUUUUAAGACAACACAUAUUUGUUCCUGGACUGUGUAUAGUCCUGCACUCACAGGUCUUGUGGAUACACAAGACAAACUACUAAUAAUGUUAUUCUUUGCUCCUCCAGGAACAUAAUUUGUUGUUCAUAAAGUGCCUAAUAAUGCUAGCGCCUCAUCACAUAUGUGGUUGGUACAUAGGUUUUUUCAGUACAGUCAUACCUCAUGUUGCAUCCGCUUCAGAUUGCAUCUUUUCAGCUUGCGAACGUGGCAAACCCAGAAGCGUUCUGCACGGUUCACGCACAUGCAGAAGCGCUCUAUCACACUUCGUGCAUGUGCAGAAACGCUCUAUCGUGCUUUGUGCAUGCACAGAAGCACCACUCUGGUUGAGGAUUUUUCGGGGUGCGUACAGAUCAUGUCUGCAACCAGAGGUACCACUGUAGAUGGGAGCCACUAUUUCAUGUAUUGUUGGUCAAACCUUUUACCCUUUUUAAUAGUUGUAUCCUCUCUUUGAUUCCAGCUGCUCUUUCCUAUGGAGAAGAAAAGCGAUCUGUGGCUUCUCAGCUUCCCGCCACAGCCUGCUCUCCAUGACACUGUUUCAGUGAGGAAACUCAGGAGGGAUGAGUGCAGGAUACUCGCAGAAUCCUGUGAGGAAGAAAUUGGCCAAUUUAGAGGUUCUACCCAAAUGCAUCUCCCAACACCUCCCAGUGGGAGGUCCGACUACUGAAGAAGGAAUAUUUUUCAGUUUCAUUUCCUUCUCACCCUCACUUUUUUUUCACCUGGCGAAAUUUUGAGGUCUGUCCUCUUUAAACUUGUGCCUGUUCGUGCAGCCUCCACUUUGCGAAGGAAAAGCAGAAAGGUAAGUGUGGCGAGUGGUUGAUCUCCGCUCCGCAAGGAAGAAGGAGCAUCAGACGGGCUUGGCGUCGCAGCAAACAAAUCCAGCGCUCAUUCAAGAGAUCGAGGAGACUCGAAGCGCUGCCUGAACUUCGGGCAAGCCAAGGGGGAUGAGGGAUGCCCAGCACGAUAGGACUGAUACGUUUCCUCAGUGGGGCUUGGAGUGCUAAGGCUGCAAACCUAUACACGCUUACCUGGGAGUAAGCCCCAUAGAACUCAGUUGGGCUUACUUCUGAGUAGAGGCGUGUAGGAUUGAGUGGACCGUUGGAGCGAGAUUAGCAUUGGCUUCUCACUGUAAUGCUGCUUUUCUGUUGCUUCCCAUAGUAUGCUUUCCCUCCGUAUCAGGGAUUGGACAAGAAAAUAUCCUCUUCAGCUCUAUUCCAAGGGCCUUUUCCUUCCUUGAAGGUUUUUUGAGCAGAGGUUGGAUGGCCACCUGCCAUGGGCACUUUAAAUAUGGCUUUUCCUUUUCAGAAAUGGGAUCUGUCUAUUUGAAUUCCAUGUAAUUCUAGAUUUUGGUUGCGACUGUAAUGCUAGAAAAUUUUCUUUAAAUUGCCAUCACUUCUCUUGCUUUCAUUGAGUUUUUGAAAGUAUCUGAUACAUCUUGCUUUCUUUAUAGCAUGUCUGCUCUAGGUACUUCGGGUGAAGUUUUGGAAUGGUUCAGAGCCAAUAAAAUGCAGAUUUCUGCUGCUAUCAAAGACUUAUUUCCCUUUCUCUUUAUCCUGCGAGACAAGAAAAUAAUAUCUGAAGAGCAGUUUAAGAAUUGUUCUGAGCAGGUAUCGUCCAAUGCAAACGCUCUUCAUAGAGUGAUAUACAAUGUACUUGAAAGCAUUUCAAACAAUGUGUCAGCAGUAAAGGAGAUUUUCUGCCAAGAGAACCUGGAAGCAUAUCAAAAUUUAAAGCCAAUAUUUGAAAGCCUGGGAAAUGUUCUCCAGCGUGCUACAAAUAGCUCUACCACAGGACUUGGGAGCAAGAACAUACUCCAGGCAAAGAAGAACAAUUCUGAAUUCUCUGGACCGAAAGGUCUUCCCUUUCUCCCUACACCCAAGUUUGAUCAAGAAAUGUCAGAACUUUAUAAAAAAAAAUUUUUUUCAGAGGGAGAAGCCUCAACAAGCUAUCAAGGACUGAAAUUUGCUGGUGCGACAGAAAGCAUGGCAAAAAUGUCUCAAGGACCAACUAACACCUGCUUCAAAAUGGGUGGCGUUCCGAAAGGAAAAGGGAUACAAAAUAUUAAUAAAGGAAAGCCGAAUGUCCAGGGCUCAACAGUGAUUGUUACUUGUGGAAAAACUAAAGGUGUUUUAUAUAAGGAAAAAUUGGCAGCAGGAGCAGCACAGAAAUCUAUCAAGGGUUUUAAGGGAACAUGGUUCACACCACAAGAAUUUCUCACUGAAGGAGAAAUUGCAGGUACAAACUGGAGAAGAAGUAUCCGCUCUCAGGGGAUUACAUUAGAAUCAUUAAUAAAGGACGGCAUGCUACCUGAGCCAGCACGAGCUUCCCUGGGAAAAAAUAAGCCAGCAAAUGAUGGCAUAUGUGAAGUGUGUAUGGAAGAAGGGUCUGAUCUGUGCUGCUUUUCAUGCAAUAAAUCAUUUCAUUAUUCUUGCCAUGUUCCAGAAGAAUUGGUUAUGAAAAGGUUUUGGAAAUGCACCUUUUGCAAAUGGAAAGGUAACCUUUAUGUCAAAGAAGACCAGGUUUUAAAGGGGAAAAUGGCUGCCAAGGCAAAAAAUACAUGUGAGUUCUUGCUUCUAAAGAUCUGGUGUGAGCCUGAAGGUGCUGUUUUUGCUGAUGAACCUGUCAUAAUCCAAACACAUGAUGAUAACUGUCCAAAUAACCCCAUUUGGCUCAAGAGGAUAAAAGAGAAGCUGAAUAUAAACCAGUACGAAACAGUGGGGGAUUUCAUUGGAGAUAUGCGUCUGAUGUUCAGCAAUUUUCUGAAGUUUCAUCAAGGCCAGGAUGUCGCAGAAGAUGGAAGAAAGCUGCAAAAUGAAUUUGAAAAGAGCUUUCGGGAAGCUUUUUUUAUUCGUAAUUAACUGCUUGAGGGCAGCACAAAUUUACUAAACAACAAAAUAGUAAGAGCGACUCAACA